AUGGCGACUUUAAUUGGAAAAUUAUACAACGUGCACCAUUUUUUAUUUGAAGAAUUAAGUGAUCCUAGAACCGCAAAUUGGCCGCUGAUUGGAACUCCUUACUCAACAUUUGGAUUAUUGGCAUUAUAUCUCCUAUUUGUAAUGAAAUGGGGACCAAAAUGGAUGGAGGAAAGAAAACCCUUCAAUUUAGAACGAAUCCUUAUUGCUUAUAACGCUAUACAAGUGAUACUAUGUUUAUAUGUUUUAGUGACCGGGCUAAAAGUUUGGUAUAACUAUAAAUUGAUAUGCGAACCAACAGAUUUUUCAGAAUCUGGAUUGCACACAGCUAAAAUAGUAUAUUGCUAUUUUUUACUAAAAGUCCUUGAUCUAUUUGAUACGGUAUUUUUUGUUUUACGCAAGAAGUUCAAUCAUGUAUCUUUUCUUCACGUCUAUCACCACACAGGAAUGGUGAUCCUUGUAUGGGGUUGCACAACGUACUAUCCAGGUGGCCACGGUACGAUGGUUGGAUUGCUCAAUUCAUUUGUACACGCCGUAAUGUACUCAUAUUACCUGCUCACAGUGGCCGUCCCGAGUUUGAAGGGCUCGCUGUGGUGGAAGAAGUACGUCACUCAGCUACAAAUUCUUCAAUUCCUAAUCAUGGUCCUACACAUGGGUUGUAUCGUGUUCAUACCAGAUUGUGGAUAUCCUCGCUGGAUCUCAGCUUUUUUCCUGCCGCAGAACCUUUUCAUGCUCAUUCUAUUCGUAGACUUUUAUAUCAAAACCUAUAUAAAGAAACCUAAAACAGAAACCAAGGAAGAGAAAGUUGAGAAGAAAAUUGAAAAUACUGAAAUGCGACGCUUGAUCGAAUCGCAGCAUCUUAAAGAAAAUCUAAACUCUCGUUCUUAA